CUAGAGAGACUUUUUGUUACAAUAAUUAAUAAAGAUGUCACAAAACAAUAAAAAUAAAAUUACAACAUUUUUUACUAGAACCCUUAACAUUGAACCCUCCAAUAAUCUUAAAAGGAAACAUGAACACGUUAAUCAAUCGGAAAAUGAAACAAUCCAAAAUAAUUUGGAAUGUGCUGUAAACGUAGUGCCAUCAGUGCCGAAAAAUGAUAUCGGAUUAUUUAUUAGUAGAAGCUUAUCUGAUGUUGAAAAACAUAUAGUGUUGACAAACUUAUGGUCACCACCAUUGAAUUACUUAUAUCCAUUACUUGAACAACAUACCAAAAGAAAAAUCAAAUUUCAACAUCAUUGGUUAGGGAAAUUUAAUUGGUUAUGCUAUUCUGAGCAAUUGCAAGGUGCAUUUUGCAAAUAUUGUGCAGUUUUUGCUAGAAGUGGUGGUGUUGGAAAUCAGACUUUGAGCAGCCUUGUAACAACUGCUUGCCAAAAUUGGAAAAACGCUUUAAAAGUAGUUGAAAAGCUGCUUGCUUAUUAG